CAUGCGAUAUGCAUGCAUAUCUAGCCAUCAGCAGACCCUUCAAUAGCUAUAGAUCUAAGUUUAGCUGGAACCUCUUGUAACUAUAGCCAAAUUCAUUAUUGAAAUGGCCACAGAAACAGGAAAAAACCUUAAGUGCCCCGACAAGGACAGCUGGCCAUUACUAGCGAGGAGGGAAAGAAAAAAAGAUAUGAAUUGUCAGCCCAGACGUAUUCCCGAGAGUGAUUCUUUGGAAAUAAAAGCAAACCAUCCAACUAAUGUCGCUGCAAUUGAUUUCGGGACAACACAUUGCUCUCUCGCUUACAGUACAGCAGCAUCAGCCGACGAGACCAGCUCUUUAAAAUUGGGCGACUACCACGCUCGCGUCCCUACUGCAAUUUUAUUGAAAAGAGGAAAGGAAAGAUUAAAUUCUGAUGGCGUUGUCGUUGGAAUAGAAUGCAGCGUAGAUUCAUUUGGAUACGUAGCACAGAAUAAGUAUCAAAGGCUAAAACGAGCUGAUAAUGGAAAAUUUCUUUAUUUUGAGAGGAUGAAAAUGAGACUUCAACACGAGAAGAAUGUUGAAAGGAGUAUGAAAAUUAAUUCAAUUAAUAUAAACAAUGAUUGCAGUGAAGUCAAUGAGUGGUAUUUAAUUGAAGUAAUUGCCUAUAUUCUCUGUUACUUAAAAGAUGAGUUUAUAAAAUGUAUCUCAAUGGCUGGUGCUACUUUGACCGCUCAAGACUUUGACUGGGUUAUCACUGUGCCAGCAAUCUGGCAAAACAAGGGAAAACAGAUGAUGAGAGAAGCUGGAUAUCUAGCUGGUUUAUGUGGUUCGGGGCAAAUAUUUUACUUAUCUUGUGCAGAUAAAGCACCAGUUCAAUCAUCUCCAUGUGAGAUUAAUUUGUCAAAGCUGUCAUUAGUCCCGGAACCUGAAGCUGCUGCACUCUACUGUCAAGCAAUGAAUUCAUCUCACGUGGCCAAAUAUUGUGACAAACCUUCUGAUGGGUUUCAUGCUCCUGAGCAAUAUAUUGUUCUGGACAUAGGAGGUGGUACUGUUGAUAUCACAGCACAGGAACGAAAUAAAGAGACAGGCAAAAUUGAUGUCAUAUUGGCACCACAAGGCAAUGACUGUGGUGGAAUGGUUGUUAACAAGGAGUUUGGACGAAUUUUGCAGAAAAUUUUGGGUGAAAAUGAAACAAAGGAGUUUUUUGACUUGGAAACAUCAUUUCAGCGAUUACUGUAUUCUGAUGAUGGCACUUUGAAAGCGCUUAUUAAUUUUGGCCUUUUUAAUGACUUCGAAGUGCAAAAAGAAAUAUUUGGCCGCUCAAGUGACAAUGACACAGACUUGGUAGUAAAAAUUCCACAUAAAAUCACCCAAAAAUAUGGCAUGGAAAAUAUCAAGAAAAAUUUGAAGAAGCUAAAUGAUUCAGCAAUUGAGAUAGAAGAAGAUUCCAUUUACAUUAAGUAUUCUAGAGUGCACGACUUCUUUGCACCAGCAGUAGAAGGUAUUCUUGAUGCCACUCGUAAGGCACUCUUGGAGCUGUCAAAAAAAGAAGAAUCGUCUCAAUUUAAGACUAUUUAUUUAGUUGGUGGAUUUGGAGGGUGCAAGUACAUCUAUGACAAAGUUAAAAGCUUUAUCAUUAAGGAGUUUCCUAGCAUGAAUUAUAUAUUAAUAGUUCCAGAUAGUCACAGGCUUGCUGUUGCUCAUGGAGCGGUUCUUUACAAAAAAGCUCCGAAAAUUAAUUCUCGUUGCCUUAAUCGUACAUAUGGGUUAGCAGUCUCUGUUAAAUAUAAUCCAAAGGCACACAGUAAAGAGCACUUUAGGUAUAAUGAAGAUGGUAUCCCAACAUGUGAAGAUGCCUUUCUUACUUUUCUACAAAAAGGCACGCCUGUAUCCUCAAACGAAGUUGCUGUAGAUGAAGUAUUACCAGAUAUUGAUAUUGAUAGAGUUAUUAGCAUUCCAUUCUAUGCAAGUGAAGAGCCCUCACUAGAAUAUUUGACAGAUCGUCCUUCACCAGGUGUAAUUAUGCCAAUGGCUGAAAAGGUAGGUGAGCUACAGUUUGAACUUCCAAAAGGAGAUAUACUGCACAAAGAUCAGCGGCAAUUUCAAGUUAUCUUAGAUUUUAGUUCUGUGGAAAUUGAUGCAACUGUACGCUAUCUUAACACAAACACUGAUAUAAAGACAACUUUAAAUUUUUUAAUAUAAAAUUAAUGAUUGUUUUACAAGUAACGUAGUGUUGUGUGAUGUACUUUCACUAAAUUAAUUAGAUUUAUUACUGUUACAACAAAAUAAUUUCACUAUAAAUACAAGCUCAAAAAAUUCUAAUUAACCACA